GACUAAUGGCGCGAGAAAGAAAGAAAUGGGAAUUAGUACAUCAGUUUGUGUAUGAAGUCGUUGACUUCAGUUCUCAGUACGGUUCAGAGAGCGGGAGUUGUUUUAGUGCCUGGAAUAUUGUUGGUCCAUGUCACGUGUACCCAAACUAUUGCGAUUCUAAUUGUGCUUGUGCUUUUCGAACUUAUGGAAAAUGGUGGCGUAACAGUCCGAGUUAUCUGCAGCCAAUAGGUUCAGUUCCAGAGGAUGUUUAUUCAAGUGAAGAUUAUGUUGAUUUAUACUUUGAUGUACCGGUGAUACCAGUUCGUUUACAAAUUUAUGAAACAUACAAUCCAGGCUGUGUAGUACGCGUUUCAGCCUGUUAUAGAACACAACCUGAAGAUGGUCCUGUAAAUACUCGAAAACUACAAUGGAUCACUUUGUGGAAAGCGCCUCCACUAAUUGUGAACAGUAACCAUCGUCACAAUCUUGGUGGUGCACAUCAAUCAUCUAAUAAACUUCAAUUAACUUACCAUCAUCUUGAUGACACAUGUACUACUUUAGCUUGUCCAACUGUUAAUAGAAUACGUUCAGUAUCUGAAAUUUUCGCCGAUAGAUAUUUACCUGCAAUACAAUACGAUGGAAAUUAUUCAUUUCCAUCACAUUAUUCAGAAUAUAUAGCUCAAUCACGGAUUUUUCAGCCGACAUUGACUAAUGUUAAACCAUAUCCAACAGAUUUAAUACGAAUUGAAUUUGACAAUACACGGUGUAGAUAUUUUACACAAAUAGAUGCUGUUCGUCUAUCCGGUUGGGCUGAAUUAGUGAAUACAUCAAGAUGGACAGGUAUUGGUCAACUAGAAGCGCCUGCACCAAUUACUGAUCUUAGUACAACUAGCCAACAACCGUCAAAUAAUCAUACACACAAUACAUUAUCAUUUUUCCUUGAUUUACUUAGACCGUGUACACCGCGUUUAACAGCAUCAACUUAUGAUUUAACUGAUGCUUCAAUCGAUGUAUCAUUCUCAGAUAUUUCUCCGGGAUCUUCUUCAAAUCUAUUGUGUGAAGAGGAAACUGAUGAAAAUGCAAUGUCAUCAGCCUUAAUACCAGUUAAUGUAUAUCGUCAAUCCUCUGGUCUCUGUCGUAUACCACCGGUUGGAAUGAAUGCAUUAUUAUCAUCAAGUCGGAGUUUAGUUGCACUGCCACCGGGUACAAUAUGCCGAUCAUCUUUAUUCGGACUUACAUAUUUAAAAGAGAACGCACUAUGGCGUCAUGGACCACUAACUCGUUUACCCUAUGAAGUUCUACUUCGUGUUUUUUCUUAUUUGAACUUAAGGAGUUUAUUCCGCUGUGCUUGUGUCUCUCGUCAGUUUCGUUGUCUAGUUGAAGAUACACUAGCCAGUAUGACAAGUUUAAAUCUUCAGUCAUUUUGGUCAACAUUAACUGACCCACACUUGCUUAGUUUAGGUAAACGUUUGGGUCAAGUUAAUCUGACUGUGAGAGCAGUUGCUGAAUAUUAUACAACAGGGAAUUGUUUAGUUGCUCCAAUUACCUUAUUACGUAGAAAAGCUAAAGAAGAAGAAGAAGAAGUGGUGGUGGUGGGAAGGAUGGAGAACGAGCAAAAUCAUACUGCAAAUCAAUAUAAAGUCAGUCGUUAUAAUACAAAUCACUAUAAAGAAUAUAAUUCAUUACAAUAUUCCAAUUAUCCUGCUAAAAGGCGAACGCAUACACCGUUAGCUGAACGUGUACGCAGUUGGAGUACAAGCGCUGAACGCGUACGUAAUCAGGCUAGAAUGUUAGAUGCAAUGUAUUUAGAUGUGAUUGAUAACUGUCAACCGGUUCAAGAUUCAGUUAAUGAAAAGGAUAUUAUUCAUAAGGAUUUAAAUGAAAAGUUCAUUGAUGACAUGAUUACAUUACAACAACAAACUGAUGAAUUAAAUCAUAGUGAUCAUUUCAAUCUGCCUACUUCGCAUUUACGACGUUUAGAUAUGUCGUGGUGUGGGAAUUACUCUCAGAUAUCGCCUACAGCAUUUGGUCAUUUUCUUACAGAUGCUUGUCGUAAUCUGGUCACAUUGCGAUUGUCAAGUUGUAAAUUUCUUAAUGACGAUUGUCUUCUACAUAUUGUCAAUACAUGUCCAUAUUUAAAAGAGCUUGAUUUAUCCUCUUGUCUGGGGAUUACAUCCUACGGUUUUUCAACAUUGGGUCGAUUAAUUCACUUAACAUGGAUUUCAGUUUAUCGAACGUUUAUUACAGACAGUGGUUUAUCUAUACUAUCUGAAUUAUGUCAGCAUUUAAGACAUGUGAAUAUUGGUUCGUGUGUAGAAGUACAUGAUAUGGAUAGUGUACUUCGUGAAUUGACACGAAAUAAUCCAAAUCUGCGUUCACUAAACUUAUGGAGAUGCAGUUCUCUAACAGCUGCAGGAAUAUCCUCUAUAGCUGAACACUGCCAAUACUUAGAAGAGUUAGAUGUUGGCUGGUGUCGUAAUAUAGUGCUUACUCAAGAAUCCAGUUGUAUCUUACGGUUAGCUAACGGUGCUAAACGUUUGAAGAAAUUAUUCCUGACUGGAACAAAUUUACUCAACUCUGAAGAAUUAAUUACACUUGGUGAGUGUUUGAAUUCAACACUAGAACAAUUAGAUAUUCAUAGUUCAACUAAUAUUACCACUUCAGCUAUUGCUAUCUUCUUGAAACAAUGUCAAAAAUUAAAACUACUAGAUGUAUCCUUUUGUCCUGAAAUUCAUGCUGGUAGUUUAAUUACUUUAAGAUAUUUAUUUCCACAUUGUACAAUUAUUGAUUCAAUACCUGACAUGAAUGCGGAGAUAUUAGGGAAUCCAUUCCCUGAGAUGAUUGUCGAUGAGGCUGUGGAUAUUGCCGAUGAUGAAUUAAACCGCUUUGAUCAAAAUGAUAAUGAUGAAGUUGAUUCUGACGAUGGCAAUGACAACAUUCCUCAAAGAUUACAAGGCAGACGUGAAUUGUUAGCUUUGCCUGCGCCUAAUCCUCAACUUGCUAUAGCCGCUGGACCAUCACAAAGUGAUGAACAAUUCAGCAGUUGAGUUGAUAAUAAGCUUUUAUUGUUGUUCGUGUUAUUUUCGCAGCCGUUAUCUUUCUGCAUUGCUUCUCUUUAUCUUUUUUGUAAUGUCAUUUUUGUUUCAGUUAACGUUUGUACAUAUUUCUUUUUUUAUGUUUCUCUCUCCAAUUUAUUUUUAUAUAUACAGUAUGAUUUGAAUAAUUCUCCUAUUUCUUCUGGUUAGUUGUUUUAAAUGUCCAAGUGAACAGUUUAAUAAAUUUGAAAACGAAAAUUCAGUUGAACACUUGAACAGAACCAAUAUCAGGAAUAUAUUUUUUUGGUUUCUAUCUUUUUCUGCGUCUCUUCUUCAUCUUCUUCUAACCAGUCAGUUCACUGACAUAUUGUAAAAAUGAUCCACUGAAAGACACCUACACGCAUACGCACAUGCAUAGCUCCACUAACGUGGUAUUCUGUUGUUUUUACCGCUACCUCUUCUACUGUUGUUGUUACUAUUGCUUUCAUCAGAAUGUUAUUUGACAAUCAAACAAAAGAAAAAUAGAAAAUUUCCUCCAC